AUGGGUUAUCAAGAUAAUGUUCGAUACCAUGCUAAUUUUGGGCAAGUUUCUUAUGCCCCUGAGGAUGCUAUAACCUUUUCCAUGAUUGAACAAUCAAUACGACUAGAUUCAGAGGUAACUAUAAUAGUCUUCGGGAGUUACUGUUCUGAAGUGAUAAUUCUUUUUGAUAUGGCGAAUGAUUCAUUCAAAGAUAUUGAUGUUCCGGACUAUGCACAGCCAAGUACCAAGUGUCUUGCAGUAUAUGAUGAUUCUCUUGCAUUUCUGUCUCUCCACGAGAGUUUGAAGAAUUUUGAUAUUUGGACAUGGAGUGAGGGUUGUUGGACCAAGAAAUUUACUAUGGGACCGCUUCCUGAUAUUCGACAUCCUGUUGGUCACUGGAAGGAUAACAGGCUCUUAUUGCAAUGUGAAAAUGGUUACAUGCUCAUGGUUGAUCCUGAUACACAAGAAACAAAGGAUUUUGCGUUUCAUAACUAUACAGGGUGUGAAGGAGUGUUUGCUUACAGGGAAAGUCUGGUUUCCAUCAAAGAUAAGAUCAAGGCAGGGCAGCAGUCUUAA